AUGGCAGUGGGAGGCCCCCUAACUGCUCUCGCUGCGCUGAGUCUCCACUGGCCCAUGCAUGCCGCCCCUCCGCAGCGCAAGACGCAAAUCCUGAUGGGAGCGUCUUUCCUUUGGCUGCUAUUUUCAGCUGCCCUUUUCGCCUAUGCCCUCGGUAAACCCAAACCAAGCGAAAAACAAAGACCUACACUGCAUUUGCAUCACCAGCCGCAGCAGCACCCGAAGCCAAUGACCAUAAUGCUGCAUGGAGACUUCGACUUCCCAGAAACACCAACAGUAGCGCAACAACGAGAGCGUCCAAAGCAGCACCAGCUACCAGAGGAAGGCUGCUCUGACGGGGCGAAGGACAGCAACUGCUGCAGACCCACGGACGAGACAACUGGGUUGCUCCACGACUUGGAGCGGCAUAACCCAGGCAGCAGCAGCAGCAGUGGGAAGUGUCCUGAAUAUGUGGCUGAGGAUUUGAAUAUGCGGUGGGGAUUGCUGCAGCAGUUUGGGGUGUAUGCGUUUGUCUUUGGUCGUUACCGAAGAAGUUUGCUGUGCACCUUCUUUUUGUCUUUUUCUACCUUUAUUAUAUACCCCAUUAAAAUGCAGUGCAUGCUCCCCUGCAGCAGCACAGACCCCGCACUGUUCCAGUUGCUGCUAAUCGUCAUUUACCAUCUAGGAGUUGUCGCAGGCCGCUGCUGCUGCUGCUGUUGCUGCCGCUUCUCUUCCUCCAGCCAAAGGCUAAUACCAGCAGUGCUGCUGCUGCGCCUCGCGCUGUUGCCGCUGCUUUUUUGGCUGGAGGCUUCCCCAGCGAAGCUGCUGCCGGUGCUUCGAGCAGCAACCGCAGCAAUUGCACCAGCGGGAGGAACGGGUUUAAGAGGAGCAGCAGCAGCAGCACGUGCUCAGUUGCCGCUGCGGCACGACCAUGUAGCAGCAGCUGCUGGACUUGCUGCUGGUGAGCAGAAGCAUAACGAGGAGCUGUUGCUGUUGCUGGUGGAUGUGAGUCGUUGCCUGUGGCUGUUUGUAUUUGCUGCCGUUCACGGCUGUCUGUCCCUAACAGGAACCCUCUACACCACACGUACACCAGAGACAUACGCUCACAAAGCAGCAGCAGCGCGUCUGGUGUGUCUUUUCGAAAGCACCGGCCUGGCUGUGGGCACGGCACUCUCCGUAGCCUUCUCGCCUCCGCUUCAGGACCUCCACGGCUGGAAGCAAGCGGCUGCAACGACAUUGACUCAUCUCGCGUGA